AUGGCAGAGACUGUGCCCUGUGAUGAUGUACAAGAACGAUUUCUCUCCUUGCAAGAAGUUAGUGGGGACAAAAGAGAGGAGGCUCUUUCAGAUAAAAUUUUGAACAUCAUCACCAGUUUGCGGCUUGACCCGACCAAGAUGAGGAGCCAAUGUUAUGACGGAGCAGGCAACAUGAUGGGAAAAGUUAAAGGUGUUGGCUCUAGAAUUCUUCAGCAGUAUCCAAAAGCCCUUCCAUUCUGGUGUGCUUCACAUCUUCUGAAUCGCUGCAUUGUUGCUGCCUGUGAUGUAAAGGAAGUCCGUAACAUGAUGGGUAUUGCAGAUAAGUGUUGCUGGUUCUUCAACAACUCAGCGAAGAGACAGACCUACCUUGAGGCAGCUCUUGAGCAGAUGCCAGACCAGCCUCAAAGAAGAAAACUAAAGGAAUUGUGUAGGACCCGCUGGGUACAGCGCCAUGAUGCCUUCGAGGUCUUCCUAGACUUCCUCCCAGCAACGAUUGAUGCCAUUGAAAAUAUUCUGGAGAAUGAAAGUCGCCCGGACUCACUGACUGAUGCAAAUAGAAUUCUGAGCGCCAUCACAUCAUUCCCAUUUAUUAUUGCCCUGGUGAUUGCUCUGCGUUGCUUGGCGUACAUCAAGUCUCUCAGCAUUGUUCUUCAGGGCAGAGAACUUGAUGUGGUAGAGGCCUUAAAAAAUGUCCGCCAUGUGAAGGACACACUGCAAAACAAGCGUGACUCUGUUGACAACUUCCAUGGCUGUCUGUAUGAGGAGGCUGUGGCUGUAGCCAAAGCUGUCGGAGUGGACCCUUCAAUCCCAAGGCGAUGUGGCAGACAGGCACAACGAAACAACAUCCCAGCAGACACUCCAGAAACAUACUACAAGAGGGUUUUAACCAUUCCAUUCCUGGACCACCUGCUGCAGCAGUUUAGUGAGCGUUUCACAACGCUUCAUGAGAGGGCUUCUUCUGUACUCCUCCUUAUUCCAUCAGUAAGACAGGACCUGGACAACACCAGUCUGGAGUACUACUUAGAUGACCUCCCUUCAUCAGGAACACUUUAG